GUGGCAGGUGACGACGACGAGCUAAUGUUUACCAUCUCGUUGAAUGAACUUGAAGUUAAACAUAUCAAGAAAACGAUAGAGUUCAGUUCAGAUAUUGUAUCUUUUAGUGCUUCGCGGAUCUUUAGUUCGGAAGGUUGAAUACCUCUCUGCAAAAUAAAGGAUUUUCGAAAAGAAGAAAUAAAAAUUUAUUUCAAAACCGAAGUACGAACAUCGUCGUCGUCGUGUCGUCGUCAUCUAUACCAAAUACAGGAAAUUCAAGUUUAAAUUUCAAAACGUUGAAGGUCCAAUUUUCAAAAAAAAAAAAAAAAUGUCUAUGUCUACUUGUUUUCCACAUCAGAAAAAUAAUAAUUAAUUGCUUUUUGAUAGUAUCUAUGUAUUUCCUGAGAAUACUCGUAUAUCUUUGAAUUUGUUUUUUCCUAAUUAUAAAUAAAUAAAUCCAGAUCGUAUCUAUUUUGAAAUUGUUUAUUUAGAUAACUCGCAGUUUAUAGAAGAAAUAAAAAUCACUGUUAACGCGCCAAGUUUUUCGCUAAAUGUUUAUUUAAUUUGUGUGAUGGUGAUUUUUUAAUAUUUUAAAUAUUAUACUCCACAUUCUUCGUCAAGCUAUCUUAUCCGUUAUAGAUCGGAGUGCUCCAUAAAAAUUAAAAACUUAUCUAUAACAAUCGUUAAAGUUGUUGACGUUCGUCGCUACCGCCUCCGCCGCAACUGUCUACGUCGUCGUUGUGUCGUUAUUGUCUUGAGAGUUUUUUAAUCAAAUUAAGUACAACUGCAUCUUGAAAAUUAAAAAUAAGGAAAAAAAUUGAAAUAAAAAUAUGUUGGUUGAGUGAAGUGUGUUUGUGCAUCGCACUGUGGCAAGUGGCCGAUAAUAUUUUGUUUGCCUUUUAAAAAAAAAAUUAUUUAUAUUACCGGAAAGAUCGAUGCGGUUUUAAGUAAUAAGUACUCGAAUAAAUAUUUACAAUAAAGUGGUCGAGAAAAUAUUGGUUCUGUCUGUCUUCAGGGAGAAAAGAAAAAAUUGUGAAAAAAGUGUUUGCUAAAAUAAUGGAUAACAAAUUAACAACUGGAUAGAUUUUUCAAAUUGACAACAACGACGAAGAACACAAAGAGAAAACAUGUCAAAUGGAAAAAUAAUUCCGAGGUGAUCAAAUUCACGAAUCACCAAAAAUUCAACUCAAGCAAAUGUCUGAUAUGUCAAAAACUAAAUACUUUUAACAAAAACCCAAAAAAGGAGAACAAAAUGACUGACACGGUGUGAAUAUAGAUCCUGAUUAUAUAGAUUUUCGUUUUGUAAAUAAAUACUCACAUACAUUUGUAGAAUACCUUAGGCGUAGGUACCUAUAAAUAAAUUUAACUCAAAGAUGCUAGAACCAACAAGCCCGUCAAUUGUACUAAAUAGCAGUAUCUACAAUGACUACAUCCUGACAACAACAGUUGAAUCUUCAUUCAAUAAUUCCUUUUACAAUCACACAAACGGUACAUACACAGAUGCUGAUGACAUUUCAUUUAUCCUUCCAUGGUGGCGCCAAGUUCUAUGGAGUAUCCUUUUCGGUGGAAUGGUCAUAGUGGCGACGGGUGGCAAUUUAAUUGUUGUAUGGAUCGUGUUAGCUCACAAAAGGAUGAGAACGGUUACCAACUACUUUUUAGUAAAUCUCUCCAUAGCCGAUGCCAUGGUGUCGUCGCUAAAUGUGACAUUCAACUACAUUUAUAUGCUAGAUAACGAUUGGCCAUUUGGAAGGAUAUAUUGCAAAAUCUCACAGUUUGUUGCAACACUAAGUAUAUGUGCCUCCGUGUUCACUCUGAUGGCGAUAUCGAUAGACAGGUAUGUUGCCAUAAUGAAACCAUUAAGGCCGAGAAUGGGCAAAAGGUGUACCUUAACAAUAGCAGGCUCGAUUUGGAUAAGUUCCAUUGUGAUAUCAUGUCCCAAUGUGUUAUUUUUCACAACAGAUUCUUAUGUAUCAUCAAAAGAUGGCGUACGAACUGUUUGCUAUGCUGAAUGGCCGGAUGGAUUAACAAAUCAUUCAACACUAGAAUAUAUAUAUAAUAUCGUUUUUACAAUUCUGACAUAUUUCUUGCCAAUUAUAUCGAUGACUGUCACAUAUGCCAGAGUUGGCAUUGAGCUUUGGGGAUCACAAGCAAUUGGCGAAUAUACACCUCGUCAAGUGGAAAAUGUCAAAAGCAAACGAAGAGUUGUGAAAAUGAUGAUUGUUGUUGUGCUAAUAUUCGCCGUAUGCUGGCUGCCAUUCCAGAUUUAUUUUAUUGUAACUUCGUGCUACCCGUCCAUCACAGAGACCCCCUUUAUUCAGGAAGUAUAUUUGGGGAUAUACUGGCUGGCGAUGAGUAAUUCCAUGUACAAUCCAAUAAUAUAUUGUUGGAUGAAUUCAAGAUUUCGAAGAGGAUUUAAACAAUUCUUUAGAUGGUGUCCAUUCGUCCACUUAGGAGCAGAGACUUUGCAACGACGUGAAGCACUAACAUCACGUUAUUCAUGUUCAGGCUCACCAGAUCAUCAUAGAAUUAUAAGAAAUGAUACAGAAAGGUCCUUUUUAUACACAUGUCCUGGAUCACCAAAACAUCAUAGACGUAUCUCUCACUGUGGACUUGUACGAACAUCGACUAUGAUGACCAAUAACAACCAACAGAGCGGUUUUAAUUCCACUACAGCAACGACAAAUUCCAUUCACAUUGGUUCGGCUAACAACAAGGAUGUAUACUCAAUGAAUUCCUUGGGCAGCAAGGACUACACACUCUCGAGGAGCAAUUCGGCCCAUCCAGCGCACCACCAGCGAUGGGCAUCCAACCGAAAAGGGGUGUCCUGACAAAUUGGCAAUGGCAAACCUGACGUGGUCGUAACUAGUGACAACCCGCCAGACAUAGAUGGUUCUGUUGCUGCUCCUGCUGCUGUUACUGAUGAUGGUACAACUACUGUUGCUACGACAGCAGCUUGUAACAACAAUAAUAACAACAACAACAACAACAAUACUAGCAACAACUUGGGUGCUCACAGGUUUAUGCAACAUGGAAUGUUCAACGAGGGGAAUCAAAAGACGUGGCUGUAAUUUUAGUUUUUCGUUGAUGUUUUCUUUUUUUUAAUUUUUAUGUUGAUCCUUUUUUCAUUUUUUAAACUUUGAUAUGGUUGAAUUAGAUUCAACUCAUAUAAAAAGGAUGUGAAAAAACUGAUAUAUGAACAGUGUUAAUUAUUAUUUAAAUUAAAUAUGGAGAGGGAGGAAAAGGUUUGAUAAAUCUGCACUAAGAAGAGAAAUGUUUCCUAUAAAAAUUGAAAACACUAUAUUUCGUUGAACUAUUAAAAAAAUAAAACAAAAAUGUUGUAAAAAAUAUAAAUGUAGAUGUCCUUUUUGUAUAAUGUCAUAAAACUGUAAAUAUUGUUUAUUUUUAGAUAUAAAAUUAAUUAAAAAUAAAAACUUCUAAUGCUUGAUUUCGAAUUCGUAUUGUU